AUGGACUUAAAAAUUCAACUAUUAUUUUUUUUGUUGUUUUUCCUCAUUCUUUGCUCUUUUUUAAAUAAUCUAAGUUCUGCUUUUACAAUUCUUUAAUUUAAAUUGAAAAAUCAUAAGCAAGCUUUAUCUAAUUUAUAUGUGGAUAAGAAAAAAAUUUUAAUUAGAAGUAAUAUUUUCAAUGUUAUUUUUGAUUAUGAUUUAUUUAUAUUCCUUUUGAGAAUCAUAGUUAACUCUCAAUUUAAUUUAUUAUGAUUGUAUUGAUGAUUCUUUAAAGAAAAUCUCAAAAACAAUAGCAUUUAUUGAUAAUAAUAAUGUGUAACAUUCAUUUACAAUAGAUUUAGAUUCAUUUGAGUAUGAAAAUAUUUGGUAUUAUUUUUAAAUUUUACAAUGGCCUUUUUAAGAAAGAUUUGAAUUAAUUUUUAUUUAUUAAUAGAAAACUAUUCGAGAAAACUUAAAAAUUACACAACCUUUUAAAAAUCAAAGUUUAAUGUUAAUUUUUGGGGGUGGCAUGAUAGUAAAACAAUCUAUGAUUUCAACAAUCACUUAAGGUACAAAAUUUUCUUAUUAUCCUGGUAAAAUGAUAUAAGUUGAAUAUGAAUUUGGAGAGAUAUCUGUAGAUGAAGAUCAAGAAGAGUUGGCAAGAAUGACUUUUGAACCAUACAAUUUAUGUAAUUGUAUAAUUAAUAAGAAAUUAAGAAUAGAAGAUAAAUCUAUGAAAUAUUUGGAUAAUUUAGUUUUUACUUCUGAGAAUAUUAAUUGCAAUUCUUUUGAAUUAUCAGGAUGGUUAAAAAUAACUGAUAUUAUUAAUUAGAGUUAAGAUGAAUUUAUUUAUCCUUUCCUAAUUCUUUCAUCGAAUUUCAAAAAUUCAUUAUCAAAAAGAACCUUAUCUCCAUUAACUUUGUCUUAUAAAAUUUCUGGAAUAAUAAAUUAAAUAAUUAUUACAACUUAUAGCUACACAUUUCUAUCAGUAAUUUCUGAUGAUUAAUAAUUAAUAGAAAAAGAGUUUGAUAUUUAGAAUAGUAUAACUCUUUGGUAAUAGUUAAAAAUAAAGCUAGUUGAUGAUUAGUUGAUAAUUAAUAUUAGAUUUUAUGAAAACUAUGAUUUUUAUGAAUAUAGUACCUAUGAGAAAGUAAAGUAAUUUAAGUGCACUUAAUAUAAACUUAAAUAUGGUAAUAUAAAUUAAUCUAAAACAAAUUAUUUAAAUAUUUUAUUUAGGAAUAUAUUAUUUAAUAAUUGUGAAACAGAUGAUACAUUAUAAAGUUGUCAUCAUAGUUGUUUAGAAUGUGAUGGACCACCUUAGAAUAAUUGUUUAUCUUGUAGUGAUUUAAGAAUCUAUUUGCCUGAAUUCAAAGCUUGUAUAUGUCCAUUUAAUACUAUUGAUAAAGAAAAUUGUGUUACUUAUAAAGAUUCCAAUUUAGAAUUAUCAAAUUUAAAAAAGGUUAUGUCUAAAUGUAAAUAUGGUUAUUUUGAAUAUGAAAAUGAUUGUAUACGUUGGUAAUUAAAUAUAAUAAAUAUAUAUUAGUCCUUCAAUAAUUAAUGAUUAAGUUGCAACUUGUUAAGAAUGUUUAUAAAAUCUUUAGGGAUGGAAUAAAGAACCUUAUUGUCAAAAUGAUUUAUACUUAAAUUAAAACGGUGAUGUUAAAACUAAUUAAUUCAAUAGUGAUUAUAUUUAUUUUCUCUUUGAUGGGAUUGAUUUAAUUGAAUGUUUAAAAUGCAAUAGUUCAUAUUCUUUUAUUGUUGAUGCUUAUGAUGUUUAGAGUGAAAUAACUUUAAAAUAACAAACUUUUUCAUUUAUAAAAGAACUUGAUGGUUGUUUUAAAUCUUUAAAAAAUAUUCAUAGCUAUUAUUGUAUUUAAUGUUAUUAAUAUUAUUAAUUGAAAAAGGCUAAAUUUUAAUUAAAUUAUAUAUUAAUAAACGAAUAUUCUAUUGAAUAAUUUGCUUGUUUGUCUUCAGAGUAUUUAAAUUCCUAAAGAUAAUAUAAAUUAUGUCCUAUUCUUAAUUGUAAGUACUGCUUUGAAUAUUAAUCUAAUGAUUUAUCUAAAUGCACUCUUUACAAUAACUUUGAUGAUUUUGAUAUAGACUAAGAAAUUAAAAUUGGGUGUGCAUUAUGUGAAGAUAAUUUUAUUUUUGACUUUGAUAUCGGAGUUUGUUUAUUUAAUACACCAAAAAUAUAAAAUUGUUUGAAAUCUUAUAUUUAUGAUGGUUAAGAAGUUUGUACAAUAUCAUAGAUUCAUGAUUUUUUAUUGGCUCCUGAAAUAAUUAAUUGCUAAGAUCUUUGUCCUAAUUGUUUACAAUGUAUUUAAUCUCCAGAAUUCACAGUUAAGUGUAUUGUCUGUCAGAUUGGGUAUAUUACAUCUAUUUCAACUGGAGGAUGUUAUUUGGCUGAUGAAUAUAAAUAAUAUGGAGCUAAAAUAAUAAUUGAAGGAGUUUAUUCAAAAAUGGAUGGAUGGGUGUAAAGAAUUUAGAGUUUUAUGAUGAAAUUUCUACCAAAUCAAUAUUUUUACUUUUAAUCUAAAUUUGAUUAAGUACUCUCAUAAAUAGUAGUUGAAUGUAUAGAGGGUUAUCGACUUUCUCCUUAUUUUGGGUGUUUUAAGAAUUGUGAUCCUUUAUGUUUAGAUUGCAAAUAUAAUACAAUUCAAGGUUAUUAUUGUAAUACUUGUCCUUUAAAUUAAUAUUACUAACCUAUUAGAAAUGAAAUUGAUGGAAAAUGUUUUCAAUGUACCCAACUUUGUUAAGCUUGUUAAGGCAGAACAAAUAAUGAAAUAAUUGUAAUUAUUACAUAUAUUUAUUUUAAAGUAAUCAACAAAAUUUUAUAAUUGAUGAUAACAAUUUAAUUUUUACUAAAAAGUGUUUAAAAACUGUAAAACAUCCUUAGAUUUAUUUGGAUCCAUAUGAUUAAAUUGCUAAAUAUUGUUUUGAUGAAAAUUGUUCAUCAAUCUUCUAGUUUUAGAAGAUAAUUGAAGAAUGCUAUUUCUUUCAUAUAAUGUGGGAAGAAGAAUUGUAUAUAGAAUAUUUAAAUAAAUUGGGUAUAGAUAGUUUGAUUGUUAGAUUUACUUUUACUAGUACUUGGUAUAUAUGUUAAUAUGCUAAUUUUUUUAUUGAUAGUGGAAUUACAAUUUUUUUAAAUUUUGUGAUAAGAAAUAGCACAUUUUUACACUCAUAUGUCUUUUAAUUUAUCAAUAAUCAAGUUAUUUUAUCUGUAAAAAAUCUUAUUAUAGAAGACUGUUUAUUUACAAAUUCAAUUUUUUUUUUAUUCGAUUCAAAUAUUUAACAAUUAAGUAAGAUAGAAUUUCAUAAUAUCGUAAUUAAACAUAGUAAAUUCAUAAACUCUAGCUUUUUUAACUGCUAAAAUUAUGUUUCACUUUCUCUUGUUAACUUAUAAUUUCAAAAUAAUUCAGCACUUUAUUCAAAUAUUUUUUUUUCUUCAAACUAAAAAUUCUCACUAUAAUAUUUUUAAGUCAAACAAAACCAAUUCAAAGAUUCCUAAUUUAUUUUUGUUAUUGAGAAAAAUGAGAAUUUAUAAAGUUUUUUAGUUUUUGAUUAGUUUGAAGCUAAUAACAAUUAAUUGUAUAACUCUAAAUUUUUGAGAAUAUAAACAAAUAUAGAAUCUAGCCAAGUUGAUUUAGUGAUAACAAACUUAGUCUUUGAUGAAAUAGUAAAUGUUAAUAAUUCAGAUACUAAUUAAUAUCUAUUUAAAAUUCGAUGUUUUAAAUUACAAAUUUAAGAUUUGAUUUUUCGAAACCUAAAAAAUCUUCUUAUAUUUAACAUAUUUGAAGGUAAGGAUAUAAUGAUAUCAAAUAUACUUUAUGAAAAUCCUUUUUAAAUAUAUUAAUUGCCAUUUUUAUAAAAUUGCUAAGUUAAAAAUAAUGAUAAAAAUUAACUCUUGAAAAUAGACAAUUUUCAUAAUUUGAUCAUUAAUUCAAUUUAAAUAAUAAAUUAAUUUACAAUAGAUGAAUCCUUUGUUUAUUUUUCGCAAGCAAAAGAGUUUUCUAACUCUUCAAAAUUAGAAAUUAGUGAUCUUAAUUUUAUUGGAAAUUUGUAAUUAUUUAAAAAAUCUCAAAAAUCUUUUUCACUUUUAACUAUAAAUUCAGAAUAGAGUAUUAAAGUUGUAGUAAAUAGAAUUACAUUUUUGGAAAAUAGUUUUCACUCAUAAGCUGAAAGUAUUUGGUAAUCCUAUGCUUCUUUAAUUUUUUUAAAUAUUAAAUCUAGUUAAGUUUAAAUUACUAAUUUAUUAUCUGAAAGAAAUGCAUUUACAAAUUCAUCCAAUUCUUUUAUUUUCAUCAAUUCAAAAACAAUAUUUAUGUAAAAUUUAUAAAUAUCUAACCAUAAUAUUUUAAGUUAGAAAUUAUGGGAAAAGUAUUAUAAUGUAAAAUUAGAUUAAAUCUUUAAUUAAUAAUAAAUUAAUUUAUUUGCUCUUUAAGCUUUAAAUAUAAAAAAUAUAGGAGGAGUUGCUUAGAUAACAGCUACCAUGUUUACAUGUUUAAAUUGCCAAUUUUAUAAUAUUUUAGCAUCAAAGAGUGCAAUUUUUGAAAUAAAAACUGAAGAUUUUGGAAUAAUAAAUUUAACAUUAAUCAAGGCAAAUAAUAUAAUAAGUGACUUAAAAUAAGUAUAUAAUAGUUCAGGUUGUAUAAGCAUAUAUACAAUUAACAGUCUUUUGGAUAUAACAAUUUAAUAAUCUGAGUUUAAGAAUGUGUUUAAUAGAAUGUCUUCAUCUAUUUUAUCAAUAAAACCAUCUUCGAUUAAAAAUAUAAUUAAUUUAAUAGAUAUUCAGAUUUAUGAUUGUUUAUCUUUAAUGAAUCAAAUACUUUUGGUUGAAUUCUCCAAUAAAAUAAUUGAUUAAAAUUAAUUAAAAAUACAAAAUAUUAUGAUAACUUAAAAUUUGGAUUCUUCGAUCUUACUAUUUUCAUAAAUGAGAAAUUUAAGUUUGACAGAAUUAUUAGAUAUUUCAAGCAGUUAAAAUUCAUUAUUUUAUAUUUAAGGUUGUUCAAUGUAGAUGAUUAAUGUUAGUGUUGUAGGUGUUUAUUUAUCACCAAUUUUAAGUAUAGUAAAUGCACCAAUAGUAAAAUUAAAAAAUCUGCAUAUGGAAUAGCUAUAAAGAUUUUAUUCUUUCAAUUUUAUUAAUAUAAAUUAGAUGAUAGAUAUUGAAUCAAAAGUAUUAAUAAAUAAAGUAAGUAUUUUAAAUAGUUUUACUUAUUAAGCAGGACUUCAAAAGAUUAUUAUAGAGGAAUUCAAUUUUAUACUUGAUGGAUGUGUUGUAAUAACCAAUUAAUCUAAUGUAACAUUUGGAAAUUAAAAUAUUUAUUUUUUGAAUGAUAUACUUUAAGAAAUGGAAAAACAUAAAUAAACACCACUUUCUUUAAUUUAUAUUAAAAGCCUAUAAAAUAAACAUUCUUUUUAUUUCAAUCAAUUAUAAAUUGUGGAAAAUAAUUGUAUAAAUUAUAUCAAUGGGUUAAUUUAUUUUGAUUUACUAACUUUUAAUUAUAUCAAAAUAUAAGAAUUAAAUUGCUAUUAUAAUGUUAUUUAAUAGUAUGGUUGCUUAAAAAUUGUGGAUGAAAAUUUACAAUCUUAGCCGAUUUAAGUAAUAAGCUCCAAUUUCAUUUAAAAUACUGGUAGUUAAGGAGUUGCUAUUUCAUCAAAUAGUCCAAUACUAAUUUAAAAUUGUAAAAUAAUUUCAAACACUGCUAGCGAAAAAGGAGGAGGCAUUUAUUUUAAACUGAGAAGUGACCAAUUUAACUUCAAAAAUUCUAUUAUUAUUGGAAAUAAAGCAAAAGAAGGUGGAGGGAUAUAUUUUAGUGGUGACAGCAAUUUAAAUCAACAUAAUUUUAUUUAAACUUAUCUGCUCUAUAAUUAUGCUUAUGAUUAUGCUAAUAAUUUAGUUGAAAGUCCAACUCAUUUAGCAUUAUUUAUAAAUUCUCUAGAAAUAUAAGGAAAAUAAUAAAAAUUUCAUAAUAUUUAAACGAAUAUUUUAACAAUUUUUCCUUACAUGACCAUAGAACAAGAAAUUAAAAUUAAAACUGCAUAUUUAAUGAUUCCUAGUGGAUCAACAAUCUAAGGAUACUCUCUUGUUAUUCCAAAAUAAUCAUCAAGUAUUAGAUAAAUUUAGUAAAUAGUAUUACUCUAUAAAAAUAAUUUAAAUGAAUUACAGAAAAAUUUAGGUAAUUCAUCAUGUAUUAUAACCGAAAAUAUUGUAAAGAAGAAUGAAUAAAUUGAUGUAAAUCAAUAACAUGUUUAAUUAAAUUUUAAUGCUGAAAAAAAUCAUUUUGAUUUAAGUUCAAUUUCUUUUACACUUGACCCUUAUAUACAGGAUUAUAAAUAUUUAGAAAUUGAUAUUAAUUGUUCUAUUUUAGAAUAUAAAAAUUCUUUAAAAUAUAUCAUCUAAGCAAAAAGUUAUAAAUUUUAACUUGGAGAAUUCUAUGUUGCUAAUGGAUGCUAAUUAUGUGAAUCAAAUAAAGGUUAUUAUUCUGUAACAUAUGAUUCAAAUAAAUGUUCUAUAUUUGAUAAAGAAAAAUUUGAAGAGAUAUCCUCAAAUCAAAUUAAGUUAUUGGAAGGAUUUUGGAGACCAAAUUAUUUAUCAGAUUAAUCUACUUAAUGCUUUAAAAUAACAAGAUUUUGCUUAGGAGGAUGGAAUGUUGGAGAUGCACUUUGUAGUGAAGGACAUGUUGGUGCCUUGUGUGAAGAAUGUGAUAUUUACAAUGUUCAAGGAAAUGGAAAAUUCAUUAAAAAUUAAUAAAAUUCUGAAUGCUUUCUCUGUUUUAGUACCCAAGAUAGCAUAAUCCCUUUUAUUUUAAACACACUUUGGUAAAUAAUAUUAAUGAACUUAGGGCUAUACUUUCGAUAAUUCUUACUUUAAAAAGCAUUGGAAAAUCAAAUAAUCUUUUCUUAUUCUAUAAAAUUUAAGGAAGUUUUAAUUAAAUUCUUUUUAAAUUAAAUCAAGGUAUUCUAUUUUACUAUUUGUAGAUUUUGAGGGUAUUUUAAUAAAAAUGCUUUUAAAUUAUUUAUGGAUAUUUUCAGUAAUAUUCUCAUUGAAUAUUAAUUUUUCCUUUUAAUUCAAUUUUGUUGAUUAAGCCAGCAAUUAAUCUUAUUCAAUGGCUAAUAAUCUAGAUUGUUAUUUAUCUGAAAUAGCAAACGUUAAGUUAAUCUAUUCUAAAAUUAUCUUAAUUUUGAUAUUAAUAUUAUUGCAAUUUGUUAUCAUAAUUUUUGGUUUGAUAAUAUUUUCAAUAUUUAAUAAUUAAAAAUUUAAAUUAGACAACAUUUCCAAUACUUUACUUUGUUUAUAUAUUUUUAAUUAUGCUGGAUUUAUCAAAAAGUAAUUAUAUAAAUUAAAAUUAGGUUAUGUUCUGUUGUUUCAUAUAGAGAAAUAUCAAACAUUUUAUAUAUAUCUGGAGAUUUAACAUUAGAAUUUAAUACAGAUACUCAUUAUAAAUGGAUUAUGAAUUUUGUUCUUCCUGGAUUGAUAAUUUUUGGCUUCUUAAUUCCUUUUUUAUUAUUUUUAUUAAUGUACUUUAAAAGAAAUGAUUUAAAUAAUCAUAUAUUCAGACCUCAUAUAUGUUAUCUGUAUAAUGAAUAUGAAAAAUAAAGUUAUUAUUGGGAAUAAAUAAAAUUAAGUAAAAGAGCUAUAAUGAUACUCAUUUUAACAUAUUUUGAGACUAAUAUACAUUUAAAAGCAUCAUUAAUAGGAUUGAGUCUAAUUAUUUAUUAAUUGAUAGCAAUUAACAAAAAGCCUUAUAUUAUGACAAAAUUGAAUAAAUUUGACUUAUCAACAGGUUAAAUAUGUUCAAUUUCAAUAUUUUUAUCUACGAUUAAAUAUGAAAGUGAAAAGUUAAAUAAUAAAGCGAUAUCUUUAGCUCUUUAAAUCUGUUUAAUGAUACUUUUUGUACUUAUCACAUUCCCAUUUAUUCAUAAUAUACUAUAGAUUUAUUACAAAAAAUAUAAACUAUUAAUAUUGAAAUAUUUAUUUUUACUUUUUUAAUAUUUUAGAUUAAAAUAAGCAUCAAAGAAAAUUGAAUUUAUUUUGAAUGAAAAAUAGUAAAAAGAAUAAAGGAUUAAAGAUAAUGACUUAAAACUAAAAUAAUUCCUUCUGAUUAUAUCAAAAGCUUAAUUAAAAUAUAGACCGUAAUUAUAAUUUAAAUAUUAUUAGUGCUUUUGAGUCUACUUUUAAUUCAAGGAAAAAGUAUCAACAAAAAUAUAUAAGUUCAUUAAUGCAAGGUUAGUCCAUCUUAUUAACUGGAUAAAGAUUGUAGUGA